AAACCACUGAUCCAUCUCUCUCUGUCUCUCAUCUAAAGCCAUCAUAAACUCAAAGUUGUAUUGUGGGUCGUGAAGUGAUUACUAGUUUUUAGUGACCAAAUUCAUUACCCAACUUCACUCCCACGUCACCCCCCCCCCCUUUGGCCCUUAUAUAUAAUCAUCAAUUCCUCUUACCAUUUUACUAUUCCCCUUCUAAUUACCUAUCUUUUAGCUUCUUCUAUCCAUCUUUGCCCAUGGGAGAUCACCACAACGUCAACCUCCCUCCCGGAUUCCGAUUCUAUCCCACCGACGAGGAGCUUGUCGUCCAUUUUCUCCACCGCAAGGCUGCCUUGUUGCCCUGCCACCCCGACGUCAUCCCCGACCUCGAUCUCUUCCCUUACGAUCCCUGGGAACUCCACGGGAAGGCGUUGGGAGAGGGCAACCGAUGGUAUUUCUACAGCAGAAAGAUUGAGGCUCGUGUUACUGAUAAUGGCUACUGGAAGCCAUUGGGCAGAGACGAGCCGGUGGUCUCCGCCGCCACCUCCGACAUCGUCGGGAUGAAGAAGUAUUUCGUCUUCCACGUAGGCGAAGUCGGCGCCGCCACCGGAGCUGCCAAAACCAACUGGAUAAUGCACGAGUUCCGUCUUUGCGACGGCGCCUCUUCCUCCACCGCCGCCGCCAGAUCAUCCAAACGUCGAGGACGUCCAAAAAGGGAUUACAGCAAAUGGGUGUUGUGCAGAGUCUACGAGAGAGAUGAAGAGAAGGAAGAAGAAGAUGGGGCAGAGCUGUCUUGUUUGGAUGAAGUUUUUUUAACGUUGGAUGAUCUUGAGGAAAUAAGUCUACCCAAUCGCAUCCAAUGAAACACAAUUAUUAUUAUUAUUACAGCCCCUUCCCCCACCCAAAUCCCAAAAUUACCCAACCCCACCUCUUUUUUUCUUUUUCUUUAUUAUAUUAUAUGUUACUUUAAUUAAUUAGUUCUAUAAAAAAAUCCCUUUUUCC